GGAAAUCCUGCCUUACCGGUGAAUUGUUGUAGCGCUGUGGCUCCGGCGCCUGUGAUUGGUCACUGAGCGUUCCAGCUGGGCUCUGUGACGCGGCCGUGGGAAGAGGGCGCAUGCGCAGGGUUCCCUGACAGCUCUAGCUGGGGCACUGGGAGCUGCUGUAGCCUCGGUUGCAACAUGAGGAGCGGAGUUGGGGCAGAUGCGGAUGAUGGCCGGGAUUGGGAGUUUCUGGUGUGCAAGAGGAAACUGGAGAGCAAGAAAGAAGCCCUGCUGAUCCUUUCUAAAGAGCUGGAUACAUGUCAGCAGGAGAGAGACCAGUACAAGCUGAUGGCCAACCAGCUGCGGGAGCGCCACCAGUCCCUGAAGAAGAAAUACAGGGAGCUGAUUGAUGGAGACCCUUCAAUUCCACCUGAGAAGAGAAAGCAGGCUAAUUUGGCUCAGUUGCUUGGGGACUCCAGGGAAAAAUGUAAAAAAUUGGAGUCAGAAAUAAAAGAACUGCAGCAGAGACUGGGAGAAGUUCAAGGAGACAACAAGUUACUACGAAUGACCAUUGCCAAGCAGAGGCUCGGGGAUGAUGAGGUUGGAAAGCGUUACUUUGCCCCACAUGAGCGGGAAGAUCUUGUAUUACAGCUGGAAAAAGCCAGGGAGCAGAUUGAGGCUCUUGAGCACGAUCUUCAGGCGUCGUUGGACGAGCUGCAGGAUGUCAAACAGGAGCGCUCAUUUUUUCAGGAUAAGGCGGAAAGACUAAACCAAGAACUCAACCAUGUUCUAGGAGGCCAUGAGAAACGCAUUAUAGAUAUCGACGCCCUGUGCAUGGAGAAUAGAUACCUACAGGAGCGAUUAAAGCAACUACAGGAGGAAGUCAAUCUGCAGAAAACUAAUCUUGCCAAAUACAAGAAUGCACUGGAGAAACGCAGGAAUUCAAAAUCCAACACCAAAUCAAGCAGCAGCGCGCUGACCGGAGUACUAUCGGCGAAGCAAGUUCAAGAGCUUCUAUCAGAAGAACAUGGCUGCAGCUUGCCUGCCACUCCCCAGUCCGUGUCUGAUCUGAAAUCGUUGGCCACUGCAUUGCUGGAAACAAUCCAUGAGAAGAAUAUGGUUAUUCAGCACCAGAGGCAGACCAAUAAGAUUUUAGGCAACCGAGUGGCAGAAUUAGAGAAGAAAUUAAGAACAUUAGAAGUGUCUGGCUUGUGGAGUCUUCCAGGCCUGAGCUACAAUGUCUCUGUGGGAUUUGGGAGAGGUAGGGACGCCAUAUCUCUCAGUAAUCCAUCAUCUCCUUCAAGGGGGCCAAAAUCUCCUAUGCCAACAUUUACUGAGGUGCCUUACCACAAACCACUGACCUAUAAAGCACAUGGUCAGCCGGGUGUUGAGUUGGAUUCUCCUGCUUCGGAUGAGGGAGGCAACAAUGAAUCUACCAAAGAACUGGAGAACUCUCAAGAUCCACUAGGUAAUACUUACGAUAACAUGUAUUUGCAUCCCUUCAUCCCAUUGAUGUGCCAAGAAAAGGACGACUUAGAAAGACAAGGGCAAGAGAUUGCUAAGCUGACACAAAAGCUGACACAAGAGAUGACCGAUGUAGAAGGAACCAGCUUUGAAAUUCCAGCUGACGGCCAGAGUACAGCAAGCAGUCAGGAGAACCAUGACAACUUAGAUUCACCCUUAUCUAGCCCAGAACCUUCAAGAACCAUGGAUGAAAAGCACCCCGAUAUAACACCGGCAGAUGAAAACACUGUGAUGGUUACUCAGGAAUGUACAGACAACAUCACAGCCAGCAGCAGUCUUGACCAGUGUACAGAGGCAGAGGAUGACAACAAAGAUUGCUGGGAAAUAGAAGACAGUGACUCUUCCGACAAAGCUGCCCAUUGUGCCAGCCCCAGCUGUGAAUUGGUAGAAAAGUGUCACAGUUCAGAUGAGAGUAUUUCCUGACUUUCAUUAAAGUUCCUUAAAGUUUAGGCAUAUUUAUUUCAAUCAACAGUUGUAUUUAGUUGGCAAAGGGACACUGCACAAUCACACACAUCAAAGUCAUUUGCGUGUUAGGAACUGGACUUGAUUUCUUCAAUGUUAAAUCUUGGGUGGGCCGGGAGAUAUUUUAUUCAUAUUAGCAGUGGUGCGUGUAUUGUUACAUUGUGUAGUCAGGUCCAUGAUCCAAUUGUUUUAUAAGUAAGUAUUGGAAUUGUUCUUGUCACCCACUUAGGCCCGUGGCACAUUUAGACUGCUGCAGAGUUCUGAGUAGUGUUUCCCAUAUUUGCCAUAGAAAUCAGCGACAGGUGAUUUGGCCACUGUUGUUCUCUGUUAGGGCACUGUAGUGUCCAGAAUUCCCUUGUGUGCCAUAAGUCCUAAGAAUUUACACUAUCACAAGUGUUUGAGAAACUUCUCCUUAAAACUGACUGAAUUAUACUGUAUAAUGACAUA